GCUGUUGCGGUUCCAAACGCUGGAGCUGCUGUCGCCGGGCUGCCGAACGCAGACACUGCUUGACCAGCUCCGGUCGCCGAUCCAAAUGGUGAACCAAACAUGCCGCCGGCUUCCAUGUGAGGAGAUAAGCAAAACAAAAAAUUGGGUCAAUAAUUCGUAGUCAGCUUCCGCCGUGGGAUCUUAUCUGUGAUUACAGUGUCCGAAAUUCUAAGCUAGCAAUAGUUUGCUUCGGACACUGAACGCAAGAGGUCGAAAGACAUGGCUGUUCUUCUUAUUUUGUUUCUCUUGGUGCUGGGCUCAGCGGCGUAUGUGGCAUACGUUAUCCACCAGAAAGGCAUCGAUCCAAAGGACAUUCGCAUACAAAGCCUACAGGAUGCCAAAAAAUUACUCCAGCUACCAAGUGGAACAGGGCCCCACAGAUACUUGGAAAAAAGGGCUUGAAGGGGGGCUGGCGGCUUUUCUUUAUUGGAACUCACUUUUGGCCGGCGUGCUUGUUGCUCCCAGCGGCGUACUCGAUCCAAAAAAGGACAUGAUGUGACAAACGUAUGAAUAAAACGGUUCCAACUAAUUGAGUUUGCCUUCUCUGGACUGCUUUGUAUAA